AUGUUGAGGUGCGCGAAAUCGAUCACGAUGCUAAGGGUAAAGCCAUCCUUUAUGUUUGGACGUAGAUUAAUAGGCUCUAGAAGUUAUUCUAGGCCCAGUCAAGUUCUAUAUAGUGGAUUAAUUCACAAACGUCAAAUUAGUUUCAUCAAAUAUUUAAGAAUUCCAGGAUAUAUCGGAGGAACUGUUGCAGCAGGGGGAAGUUAUGUAGCUUACAAAGUUGAUCAAUUUGGUAAUUAUACCUCUGAUCAGUUCAGUAAACUUCGUGAUUUCACCGGGAACUUGUUUGAUAAAGGAUCUGAGUUCUUGAAAGCUGGCGAAGGUUCUAAAGAUGGAACGAGCAAUCAUACCAUGAAUACUAACGAUGGUGGUAGUGGAGGUGAUGGUGGUGGCGGUGGUGAUACUACUACUGCUUUAGCCACCGCUGCAGCCGUAGCUGUUUCUUCAGAGAAUGAAGAUGAUGAAGAAGCAGAAGAGUUCAAUCCUGAUGAUGAAAUUGAUGAUAAUGAGACCACUAAUGAUAUGCUUAAUUUAACUAAGAAAAUGAUAGAGAUCAGAAAUAUUUUAUCAUCAAUAGAUAAUACCAAUCACUUGAACUUACCAUCAAUUGUGGUAAUUGGAUCACAAUCCAGUGGGAAAUCAUCUGUUUUGGAAAGUAUUGUAGGUCAUGAAUUUUUACCUAAAGGUGAUAAUAUGGUAACAAAAAGGCCCAUUGAAUUAACAUUAGUUAAUGAUGAUGAAGCAGCAGCAGAAACCAUUGAAUUUCCAGCAUUGAAAAUGAAAAUCACUGACUUUAAACAGGCUCAGAAAGUAUUAAUUGAUUUAAACCUUGCUGUUCCCUCAACUACUUAUGUUUCUGAUGAUCCUAUCCAAGUAACUAUUAGAUCACCUAAAGUUCCGGAUUUAUCACUUGUAGAUUUACCAGGGUAUAUUCAAGUAGAAAGUUAUGACCAACCACCGGAAUUGAAGUUAAAGAUUAGACAAUUGUGUGAGAAAUAUUUAGCUAAACCUAAUAUUAUCCUUGCUAUAUCAGCAGCUAAUGUUGAUUUAGCCAAUUCUACAGCUUUGAGAGCUGCUAAAUUAGCAGAUCCUUUAGGUGAAAGAACUAUUGGUGUUAUCACCAAAUUAGAUCUUGUUGAACCAGAAUUAGCUGCACUGAUACUUAAUAAUAAGAAAUAUCCUCUUAAGAUGGGAUAUGUUGGAGUAAUCACCAAAAUUCCUGAUUCUAAUAAAAACUUCUUAACUAGAAAAUCAUUAAAUUCAAUUGAAAGUUAUAUGGCUCAACAAAUCAAUGAAUCCAAGUAUUUAAAUGAACAUAAAUCGGCAUUUUUCAAUUGUCAUGUUGGUACCAAAGUAUUGAAACACAGAUUAAUCAAGAUUUUAGAACGUUCAAUGAUUGAAAACUUGUCUCCAACUCAUUUAAUGAUUCAAAAAGAAUGGGAAGAAACCAAUUAUAAAUUUAAAGUUGAAUUUAAUGACGUUCCUUUGACUCCAAGAAUGUAUCUUGCUAAUAAUAUUGAUAUUUUGAAGUUAUCUAUCAAGGAAUUAUCAACAAAUUUCACUAAAAGAGAACUUAAAUCAGUAUUAAAGAAUGAACUUGAUCAAAAAAUCCUUAAUCUAUUAGCUCAAUAUUAUUGGGAUGAUAACCAAUUGAUCGAUAUCAAGAAUGAUGGGUAUUGGGAUAAAAAAUUAGAUAUUGUAGUUGGAUCAUUAACUAAAUUAGGUAUAGGUAGAUUAUCUACCAAUUUAACUACUAACAUUCUUAUUCAAGAAGUUGAAAACCUUGUUAAUAAUACCCAAUUAAAGAAUCAUCCACAGACCGUUAAAGCAGUUAAAGAAACAGCCCAAAAAGUCUUGGGGUCAAAAUAUUAUUCAACAGCUGAUCAAGUAGAAAAUUGUAUCAAACCUUUCAAAUAUGAGAUUGAAGUUGAAGAUAGAGAAUGGUUGAGUUCUAAAGAUGCUUCAUUAAAUAUCAUGAAAGAGGAAAUCAAAAAUUGUGAUGAAUUAUUACAUUCAUUAAAGAAUCAAGUUGGUGGUAGGAAACUCAAUCAAGUAAUUAAAUAUUUGAAAAACCUUGGUAAUAAUGUUGAUUAUUCAUCUAUUGAAACUUUAGGGUUUUCAAAUAGUUUAAUCAAUAAAGCUAAAUUAGGUAUUUUCUUAACUGACAGAUUAUCGAUUCUUAAAAUGAGAUACCAAUUAUUAAAGAGUAGUAAUAAGUGUAAGAAGAAAGACAAUAAGACUAUAUGUCCUGAAAUAUAUUUGGAUGUUAUAAAUUCCAAGAUUACCAACACUUCAGUAUUAUUCUUAAAUGUUGAAUUGUUGAAUGAUUUUUAUUAUAAUUUCCCAAGAGAAUUGGAUAAUAGAUUUUUUAAUAAUAUGUCUGAUGAAGAGAUGGAGAUGUUGGCUAUGGAAGAUGAGAAGAUCAAGAAUCAUAUUGACUUGCAAAAACGUAAAGAUUUAUUGACCUUAGCUUUGAAUAAGAUCGAAUCGAUCAUGGCAGCUAGAAGAUAUCAUAAUUAA